AUGUUGCCUCAGAGGGAUUUGAACUACGAUACUCGUUCCCAGCUGCCAGGCCGCAACGUCUCGAGAGACGCCAUCAGCGACUCAAGCCUCAACCACGAUGGUACUCCCAAAGUCCUUUCCACUGAAUACGGGGCAUCAGAUACCGUCGGUAGGCCUGGAUGGAAUACCUGGCACAAAUCCGAGGACGUGGAAGAGGCCAUGAAUCGCAGCUUAGAAGCACCUGGCACCGAUUACGUCCCCCACGCCUACCAGAUUGACUCUGAGCACAACGCGCUGCGUAACCCGGACGGUAGUGGCAGGCCAAUAGUGGAUGUCGACUUGUCCCGAAAUUACCAAAGUACGUGGGCGGCAAUGGAAGACCUUGUCCGCAAAGGCAAGGCUCGUGCGAUUGGACUAGCGAACUUCAGCAUAACCAAGGCAAAACGCAUCUUGUCGACAUGCCGGAUCCUCCCGGCAGUGAACCAAGUUGAGCUACACCCGCUGCUUCCACAACACGACCUCGUCGAAUUCUGCCACAGCCAUGGCAUUCUUGUCGUGGCCCAUCAGCCUCUGGGUGGCGAGCCAGUAAACAACGGCCGUGAGGGCCAUGAUACCGGAUCGUCACCUCUGAACAACCCAGCGAUCGUUCAGGUUGCCAGGCAAUGCGGGAUGACUCCUGCCCAAGUCUGCCUAUCCUGGGCUGUACAGCGUGGCAUCCCGGUCGUGCCCAAAACAAUGAGCCAGUCGCGCAUGAUCGAGAAGAGCACAAUCGCAAGGCUCUCCGACGAGUUGUUCGAACAAAUGAACAGAGUGCACAUGGAAACCGGGAGAGUGCGUUUUAUGAAUGUGACAGCCAAGAUCGGAUUUGACAUCUUCGACGAGACUGUGGAUGAGCCAGUGUGA